AUGGCCUCACUCGACAGUGACCACGAAGUCGUCUCGAUUUCCAACAAGCCAUUCACAUCAGUGCCUUUAUUCUUACCAGAUGAUGUAGAGUACGACCCAGAAACGAACACCAUUAGUGCCAAGCCGAAGAAUGGAGGUUCCGAAAAUGAAGCAUCCAAUGAGGCACCUCAACUGGUCUUGGUCCCCAACGCGGGUGUCGAAAUGCUUCAAACUAUGAAGCCCAAGAAUGCUCCCGUCUCCAUGAUUUCCUGCGUCGGUCCCUACCGGACAGGCAAGUCCUUGUUAGUUUCUAGAUUUUUAGAGAAUUCCAAUGCCUUUCAAAUUGGACCCACUUUGGAGGGAUGCACUCGCGGCAUUUGGAUCAGUACAUCCGCCAUUAAACAGAAAUCCACUGGGGUCUACAAAUUUGUCUUGGAUUGUGAGGGCAUGGGAGAUCCCUUGUCGGCUACUGGAGCGGACGCUUCUGCUACAAAUGAUGCUCGGAUUGCAUUGGCCUGUGUCCUACUAUCUAGUGUCUUUGUGUUUAACAAUACCAGUCACCCCGAUCGAGGAUCCUUGACCUUUUUGCGCUAUUUGGAGACUGUGCGAAGGCGCAUUCCAGCCACCAAGAGUCGGGUCAAGUAUCCCAGCUUUUUGUGGGUCUUUCGGGAUUUCUUUUUGCAGUUGCCUCCACGCAAAGACGAUCCGUCGAAAAAAUAUAGUCUUGAGGAAUACGUUCUAGAACGGGUCAUGCAUCAAAACCACAAUGGCGAUGACAAGCAAGUGGUAGACUCAUUGUUGAAUGACUUUGCCGACUUUAAUGUCUUGUCCAUCGGAUAUCCCAAACGAAAGGAAGGUCUUCCUUUCCAAGUCGAAGAAAUGUCCAUGUUGGGAGAUGUUCCCUGGACUGAGUUCGAUGAUGCCUUUCAACAAGACAUGAAUACGGUUAUCAAAUACUGCCUGAAAGAGGCAGAAACACCAUUCGCAAUGGGCGAUGAGAAGAAGGGCUGGAACUGGAGUCCCCGAUCUAGCAACAAGCUUGGAAACUACGCCCAUCCAUCCGUCAUUGCCAAGUGGUGCGAAACUUGCAUCGAGUUGGUAAACUCAGAUGGGGUCAUUCCCAACCUUCCCGAUCUGCAGCACCAACUGCUAAAGUCUAUGGCGGAAGAGCACGUGGCCAAGUGUAUUGAAGAGUACAAGACUGGAUUGCAAACGUUUUUGGAUUCGUCUGAUGUUUACAACGAAGGAAGUGCUGGAAAGACAGACAUCAAAUUGGAAAAUGGCGAUUCCAAGCCAACCUGGUUGGCUGUUGGUGUAGACCUGAAUUUGAUCAUCGAGGAACUAGAACUAAAGGGAGUUGCCGACGCGGACAGCUUGUUGGAAUUCAGCAAUAAAACCAGCACAAAGCUCAAGGCUGAACUCACGGAAUCCAUUUCCUUGCCGUCUAUCCUAAAGGAAGUAAUGGAAAUGUACGAAUCCAGUUGUGAUGGUCCUAGCAAGACAUCCUUCUUGUCGCAGAUUGAACAAGAGAAUUACAAACGAUCGCAAACAGCAUGUGAGUCUGUGGCCCAACGCCUCUAUACACCCAUUCGCAAGACCAUUCGCGAUGAUCCAAACCAAGUGAGUGUAUAUGACUUUGAAACCAAAGUCUUGGGAGCAGUGGAGCAAUUCUUUGGUGAUUGUGCCAGAGGACCAGCCAUGGAGGAAACCCUCCUUCAAUAUAUUAAGGAUCCCGGUGAUGCUGACGCUGUCUUCUUGGCCACCGUGCAAGAAAGACAAGUUCUUCUGAACAAGGCCCUUGAGUUACAAGCCAACUUGGAACGAGAUAUUGAAGAGAAACGGGCUGGUCUUGCAAAAAUGGAGAACGAUCUGAAGGCAACCAAGGAAAAGAACCAGAAGGAAAUGGAAACGCUGAAGACAAACCACGAGCAAACCAUGGCCAAGGCAAUUGCCGAGCAAAAGAAACGAGAAGAAGAACGAUUGGCAGCUUUGGAAAAUGAAAUGCAGUCCAAGCUAAAGGAAACCGAAAAGACUUUACAACAAAAGGAGGAACAGCGAGUCAAGGAGAUUGGUAAUCUCAAGGAGGAAGCAGAAAAGAGGCUUUCGAUGGAAGUGACCACUCGAGAAGAAAGGCUGAAGAAAGAGCAACUGGCUCACGAUGCUGAAAUGAAACGUUUGAGAGCUGAAGCUGAAAAGAAGAUGGAGGAAGAGAUGAAGGCUGCUGAGAGAAAGAGUGUAGAAGAACAAGAGAAGAUCAAAAAGCAGAUGGAAGACAUGCUUGCCGAAGCGGAACGAAAGCUUCUAGAAGAAAUCAAUGAAAAGCAGGACAAAUUGAUCGAGGCACAGAAACGAAUCGUUGACAAGGAACAACAUAAUGAAAAACUAUUGGAGAGAGCCGAAUUAGCAGAGGCCCAAGCUUGUCCAGUCACUUGUUGCUGCUCAUGA